UAAAAAAUAAAACUUGGCAAGAGUCCAAUGGAAACUUUGAAGCAACCUGUCCUAUUGCAACUCUCCAGUAGACACAUCUCUCUCUCUCUCUCUAACCAGGGCCAGCACAGCUCGCUUCACUCCUAUGUAAAUGUAAUCCUCUCCUCACACUCUUGACUCUUUCUAUCCCCGCUUAUCCUCUCUCUCGCUCUCUCUCUCUCUCUCUCUCACAUCUUCAUCGUCUUCCUCCUCCGUCCGACAAUGGGCAAGGGCGGGUCUCUGAGCGACGGCGUCCUGAAGAAGAUCCUCCUCUCCUACACCUAUGUCGCGAUAUGGAUCUUCCUCAGCUUCACCGUCAUCGUCUACAACAAGUACAUCCUCGACCGCAAGAUGUACAAUUGGCCCUUCCCCAUCUCCCUCACCAUCAUCCACAUGUCCUUCUGCUCCGCUAUCGCCUUCUUCCUCAUUAAUGUCUUCCGCGUCGUCGAGCCCGUCUCCAUGUCCCGAUCCCUCUAUCUCUCCUCCGUCGUCCCCAUCGGCGCCCUCUACUCCCUCAGCCUCUGGUUCUCCAACUCCGCCUACAUCUACCUCUCCGUCUCCUUCAUCCAGAUGCUCAAAGCCCUCAUGCCCGUCGCCGUCUACUCCAUCGGCGUCCUCCUCAAGAAAGACGCCUUCAAGUCCGACACCAUGCUCAACAUGCUCUCCAUCUCCCUCGGCGUCGCCAUCGCCGCCUACGGCGAGGCCCGCUUCGAUUCCUGGGGGGUCCUCCUCCAAUUGGGCGCCGUUUGCUUCGAGGCCACCCGUCUAGUCAUGAUUCAAAUCUUGCUCGCCUCCAAAGGCAUCACACUGAAUCCCAUCACAUCCCUCUACUAUGUCGCCCCCUGCUGUCUCGUUUUCCUCUUCGUCCCCUGGGUCGUCGUCGAGUACCCUUUGCUCAGAGAUUCCGCCAAUUUCCAUUUCGAUUUUGUGAUUUUCGGGACCAAUUCCUUGUGCGCCUUCGCGCUGAAUCUGGCGGUGUUUUUGCUGGUGGGGAAGACGUCGGCGCUGACGAUGAACGUCGCCGGAGUGGUGAAGGACUGGCUCUUGAUUGCCUUCUCUUGGUCGGUGAUAAAGGACACCGUGACGCCGGUGAACUUGAUCGGAUACGGGCUUGCGUUCUUGGGAGUGGCCUACUACAACCAUUCCAAGUUGCAGGCGUUGAAGGCGAAGGAGGCGCAGAAGAAGGCGGCGCAGGCUGAUGAGGAAUCCGGCAGGCUGUUGGAGGAGAGAGGAGAAGAAGGAACAGGGAAGAAGAGUGAGUCUCAAUCUUAAUUUCAGAGUUCGUUGAAAAGAAGAAAGAUGAUGAAAAUAAAAAGAAAAACCGAAGAAGAAGGGGACAGAAAGAGGAAAGGAUUUGAGAGCUGAGGCAGAACUGCAAGAGGGAUUUGAUUCAGAGUCUCAGUUAUGCUUUUCUCUUCAGAUCAAAUUUGGGUUCGAUGUUUAUUUAAAUUUUCAGUUUCUAAGUUAAUUUGAGAUUCGGAUCUGUUGCUUAUAGUGCCAAUUCGUUUGUCCCCCCACCUUAAGAAGUUGAAUCUCAAAUACACUUUUUCAUGCA